AUGUUUCAGACGGCAGAGAAUAUCAGAUUGUUUGUGCGUCGUGUGUUCAUAACGGACGAUUUCAAAGACAUGAUGCCAAAGUAUUUGUCAUUCAUUCGUGGUAUUGUCGAUUCGGAUGACUUGCCGUUGAAUGUUUCACGUGAAACCUUACAGCAACAUAAACUGUUGAAGGUGCGUACUUUAUUUCAUUUGUUUGUUUUUGUUAGAGACUGA